AUGAAAAUUAUAGAAAUUUGUGUAAUUUUAUUGCUUUAUAUAUUUCCUGAUAUACUUUGUUCGUUACUAUCGGCGGACAUCUGUGUAUAUGGCGGCACAUCGGCCGGUGUUAUGGCCGCAUAUAAGGCUAAACAGUURGGCAAAAAUGUUGUUCUGAUAGAGCCGGGCAAACAUUUGGGUGGUAUCACAUCAGGCGGUCUCGGAUUUACCGAUUACGGCGACAARUCUGCCAUUAUUGGUUUGGCUAAAGAUUUCUAUCGUAGAGUUGGCCAAAAAUAUGAAAAAUCUACUGAAAUAUAUACUUUUGAGCCACACGUGGCCGAAGUGGUCUAUAAUUCUUAUAUAAAAGAAGCAAAUGUUAACGUUUUAUUUGAUCACCGAAUAGUAUCGGCAAAAGUGGUCAACAAACGGAUCGAGUCGAUAGUUGUGGAAAAAUCRAGUCAAUCACAAAACAGUACUAAUAUUGAGAUUACGGCCAAAAUGUUUAUCGAUUGCAGUUAUGAGGGCGAUCUUAUGGCCAGUGCUAACAUCACUUACACAAUUGGCAGAGAAUCAAACGGUAAUUACAAUGAAACACAUAAUGGCGUUCAAAUGUUAUCUGGCCAUCAAUUUCCCGACGGUAUUGAUCCCUAUGUAUUAGCGGGUAAUAAAUCAAGUGGUCUAUUGUGGGGUAUAAGUGAUAUGAAUAUAGCUAAGACAGGAUCAGGCGAUAAAAAAAUACAGUCUUAUAAUUAUCGGAUAUGUCUAACAAAUAAUGCUAGUAAUCGACUGGAUAUCACAAAACCGGAUAACUAUAAUCCAAAUCAUUAUAAACUAUUCGUACGAUUGAUAAACAAAUCGAAACCACAAACAAUCAGAAAGUUUUUGAAACAAGAUCUGAUGCCAAACCAUAAAACCGAUUUCAAUAAUGAGGGUCCGUUYAGUACAGACAUGAUUGGCAUGAAUUAUGACUAUCCAGAUGGCAGUUAUGAGACAAGAAAUAGGAUUAUCAAACAACACGAAGAAUACACCAAAGGUUUUCURUAUUUCAUAGGACAUGACCCACAAGUGCCUCAACAGCUAAGAAAUGAGAUGCUUAUGUGGGGCUAUCCAAAGGAUGAGUAUYUGGAUAACAAUCAUUGGUCUCAUCAGCUCUAUAUUCGAGAGGCUCGACGUWUGAAAGGCCAGUAUGUUAUGACCGAACGAAACGCUUUGGGUACCGAAGUGGUCAGUGAUGGUAUAGCUGUGGCGUCCUAUCGGAUGGACUCGCAUAACGCCGAACGUGUUGUAGUUAACGGUCAGGUCAAAAAUGAAGGUGACGUUCAAUGGCCACGAAAUUUGCCGCAUCCUUAUCAGGUGUCGUACCGAUCGAUAACUCCCAAAGCAGACGAAUGUCAUAAUCUUUUGGUGCCCGUCUGUCUGUCCACAACUCAUAUUGCCUACGGAUCAAUACGUAUGGAGUAUACGUUCAUGGAAUUAGGUGAAGCAGCUGCAGUGGCCGCACAACUGGCCAUCGAUGGACACACUUCGGYACAAGAAAUCAAUGUAAAACAAUUAAAAUUUAAACUAAAUAUURAUAAUAAUUAA